GAAGCGGAUCCCGGCGCGGCGAAGGGGCGCUGCAGCCGCGCCGCUCCCAGCCUGCUCCGGUCCUUUCCGGGGUCGUCUGCGCCCGGAAGAUGUUGCCUUUGUCCAUCAAGGACGAUGAGUACAAACCGCCCAAGUUCAACCUGCUCAGCAAGGUCUCGGGCUGGUUCAGGUCCAUCCUGUCCGACAAGACCUCGCGGAACCUGUUCUUCUUCCUCUGCCUCAACCUCUCCUUCGCUUUCGUGGAGCUGCUCUACGGCAUCUGGAGUAACAGUUUAGGUCUAAUAUCAGAUUCCUUUCAUAUGUUCUUUGACUGUACUGCUCUACUGGCCGGAUUAGCAGCUUCUGUCAUUUCAAAGUGGAGAUCAAAUGAUGCUUUCUCAUAUGGGUAUGUUCGAGCAGAAGUACUGGCUGGUUUUGUAAAUGGUCUGUUUCUGAUCUUCACAGCAUUCUUCAUUUUCUCUGAAGGCGUUGAGAGAGCAUUGGAGCCUCCUGAUGUGCAUCAUGAGAGACUUCUUCCUGUGUCUAUAUUAGGAUUCCUUGUGAAUCUUAUAGGAAUAUUUGUUUUUCAACAUGGAGGCCAUGGACACUCACAUGGCUCUGGGCAUGAGCACAGUCAUUCUCUAUUUAAUGGUGUUCUCAGCCAUGGACACAGUCACGGAGGUCACGGUCACAGCCAUGAAUCCAAACAUGGCCACGGGCAUUCUCAUGAUCACAGUCAUGGGAAGGGACACUCGCACAAUCAGGAUUAUUGUCAUGAUGAUCACACUCUUGAAGGAGCUGCAGGAUCCAACAGACAGAUUUUAGAAGGUGUAUUUUUACACAUUGUCGCAGACACUCUUGGAAGUGUUGGUGUAAUCAUAUCAGCUAUACUGAUGCAGAACUAUGGUCUAAUGAUAGCAGAUCCUAUCUGUUCAAUGCUCAUAGCUCUACUUAUAGGAAUAAGUGUUGUUCCACUUUUAAGAGAGUCCAUUGGAAUCUUAAUGCAGCGAACGCCACCUUCCCUGGAAAGUGCCCUGCCUCAGUGCUAUCAAAGGGUUCAGCAGUUGCAAGGAGUUUACAGUUUACAUGAUCCACACUUCUGGACCCUUUGUAGUGACGUUUACAUAGGGACCUUGAAACUAUUUGUAGCUCCUGAUGCUGACGCCAAGUGGAUUCUAAGCCAAACUCACAAUAUUUUUACUCAGGCAGGAGUCAGACAGCUUUAUGUACAGAUUGACUUUGCAGCCAUGUAGUGAACAUCAUAAAUUGAGUUCUUUGGACCAAAGUUUUCUGGUACUGUAAUGGUAUAAAACAUUGUACUCUUCAAGACAGAGCCACCGCCACCCCAGUUAACCAAGACCAAAUAGACUGCUGCCUUUUGGCUACUUCUAGAGUUCAUGUUUAAGGAGUAAAAACUGAAAGGAUAUGUCCUGGACUUCUGGUCUUGUCUUUUGUGGCCCCCAAACUUUUUUCAUUUUUUUUUUUCAUUUUUUCAUAUUUUUUUUUUAACUUACUACAAUUGUUCCAACAGGAAACUAAGAUUGUGGGACUGCAAUUCCUGUCAUGUCUUUAAUGAAGGGCUUGUCCAAACAAAAAUUAGUUCAUAGCAAGCUGGGGAGUGAAUCUACUCUGCGCUAGCCUGCUGCAGACUAACUGCCCAUGCAGGGCCGGCUCCAGCAUUUCUGCCGCCCCAAGCAAAAAAAACAAAAACAAAACCGCGAUCGGCGGCGGCAGUUCAGCGGCAGGUCUUUUGCUCCUAGAGGGAGUGAGGGACCUGCCGCCCCUCUCCCUUGGCUGCCCCAAGCACCUGCUUGUUAAGCUGGUGCCUGGAGCCGGCCCUGUGCCCAUGUGGCCCCUGUCUUUAUGUAUUAGCGGUUUGUUAGUGCGCUUUGAUCUAGUCCUGUUCUAAAGAGGACUAGAUCUAAGCAUAUAUCAGCAGGGUCCACGUCGACAGUUAGGCUUUUAGCAAGCUAGCACUGAGUAGAUUCACACCCCAGCUUGCCGCAAACUAAAUGUUCACAUAAACAAGCCUGAAAGCUGCUCAUUCCCACAAAACCAGUGUUAUCAAAAAUUGGAGAGCGGUCUUGUACAUAAUGUCACAGUGGGUGGCAUUCUUCAUUAUAAUCGUAUGUUUGUAAAAUUGUUUGUACUUUGCAAACUUAAUGAACCAAACCAUAUUGGGUUUUCAAAGUGCCUUUAUAUCAGAAAAAGUAUUUGCCAGCAUCAACAUGGAACAUGAAGGGUUUUUAUUACUUUUAUGGCUACAGCUUGUUCACAAUCUUAUUCUUGCUAGUGAUGUAUGUGACUGUGUACUUGCAUAAUUGUAGAUUUUAGACUCCCUUUUACUGUUGCAUCUUAUCAAAUGAACUGGAGUUAAAUUUGUUUAAUUUACAUUACAAGUUAAAACUAUUGUGGGGAAACUUGCUUUCAAAACAUCUGUCUAUUUGCUAUAUAUAUACUGUCCUAAGAGUUGUUUUAACCGAAUUAAACAUUCAACCCUGGGUCUAAGUCUAUGAAUGAAAGUUUCUCAAUACUGUUAUAGUAAUUGGAAAUUGUAUUGCAAUAACCAUGUUCAUAAAGUCACCAUGCAAAAGAGAAAGGCAGUUGCAGCAUAAUGGUAGUAAUGGAAGAGCUGUUUUGCUUUUAUCUUUCAAAUAUGGAUUUAAUCUUUUUUCUGUCGAAGCUUUGCUGUGAAAAUUAGUCUACUAGGUUUUAAUAGACUAUUAAAGAGGUUGGAAGUAGUUACUAUGUUUAACUAAACUGGCAGAAGAGGGGAGAGGAGUGCUUCCUGGCAAAUGUAUCUGCAGUGGAAACGAGGACUACUGGAUGUGCUAUGUAAGGUCACAUUCUCUUAGCUGACAUGUUGAUUCUGACAUGAGCAUGAUCUCUUAUCAAUGUCUUGUAUGUGUUUACACACACACACACGUUCACAGAGCGCUUUCCAGAAACACCCAUAGACCAUAUCUUUACUGGCAUUUAUAUUAAUUUACAUUUUGAACUCAAAGUGAAUGUUAAAUUCCUGAGACAAUCCUACAGCACCUGUACUGUAGAUGCAAUGCUUCCAUUAAAACUUACUACAAUUAUCAGUGCAAAAUUACUGUAGUCUCUUAUUCUGUUUGAAUUCAGAGACUGAACAGUAAAGAUCCCACAAAUGUAUCUUUGAUUUCCACAUUUGAAGCUGUUGGUUAGUCUGACUAGGACAUAGAGCAAGAAAAAGGAAGUCUCCUUUUUAUUAAUCGGAAAUAUGAGGGGAAACUUGUGAAUUAAUAAAUUUACACUUAAUGUACAGUGUUUAGUGGAGUAAAACAAGACAAGGAUGCCUACUUGAAAAAUCAAAUGUGCUGCUGACUGGUAUGAAUUCUAAGUAUUUUUCUGAUGCAAAUAUCAGUGUCCUUGUAACUGAUUAAGUACCCAGUAAUGGGUAGUACUGAAAUCAAGGAGUGUUGUAGUUCUAAUCUGUUCAACUUUAGUCACAGUUGAUGAGCAUUGAGUAUGAUAGACACUACAGAAAUACCUAAGAUUGAAUUGCAGGGAUGGUUUGUAUAGUGCAAUGUUUGCUGCAGAUGUUACUGCAUUAUUGCAAUUUACCUAUUACAGGGAUAAGCAGCUUCUUAAACUCAGUUUUAUUCCUCCUGUAUGACUCACUCUGUAUUUUUAUAUAUAUAAAUGCUGCUCAAUUGCUAGUCUGUGCCUUGAGUUGAGCUCACCAGAUUGAUGCAGAUAUAAGAGUGCUGAAUGAACUAAUAAUUCUUAAUUUGUACAAAGUUGUGACUCAAACCCCAAGGUAAGACCUCUUCCAUGGCUUCUGUAAUAUCAUGCACAUACAUGGACUUUGGGUAUUGUCUUUUGUUUGGGAGGUCUUUAACACAGGCAAUAAUGCAACAAUCCGCUAAUCUUAAGGAUGGUGGUCUCCAUCACUUUGAGCCAUCAUUUUAAAAGGAAGACCCAGCCUCUUUCACCUAAAUUGUACAAGCUAUGACCUCAAACUGACUUUUUGGGGUGAUUGCCUUCCAGACUUACAGCUUUGAUUUGUUUCUGGGCUGCUGAGCUAAUCUUCCUAAUCAUCUUAAAAUACCUUUAACACUAGCUAGAUCAUUGGGGUAAGCUGCUUAUUGUGAAUGUUUUAGCUGAAUGUUAGUGGGAUGCUCUUUCAGUUGCUGUGACUUGCUAAAUGUCUUACUGCAAGCGAGCAAUUGCUUGGAUGUUAGUUUUUUUUCCUCUUGUGUAUUUUAAAAGGACUCAGGAUUGUCAUAUGGCUAAUCUUCCUUGCCAAGACCAGUAUUUGACAGCAUAAUCCAUUUUCUGCACACUGACCUUUAAUGAAAAUUGCUCUUUAAACUACUUGUAACAAAGAUUAAAUUUCUUUCUUGCCUAGGAAGAUCUUUGAGACUCUUGGGGGGAAAAAAAUCAGGCCUAUGGUGUCUUGCUCAUGAGAAAUGCACAUAUUUUUACAAUCAAGAUGAAUCUUAAUCAUGUUUGGGAUGGCUUUACAUUUUAUAGCAAGAUGUACAUAACUAUCCCACAUUUGUUUUUGUAAAAUGUAAUUUAAAGGUGGUGAUAGUGUAUGGAAACAGUUGUUUGCUGUUGAGCAAUAGGAUUGUGUUGUCAUUUCAAGUACAUGACUUUUUGGCUGAGUAGAUUAAUUUUAAAAGAAUGUGCGAGUAAAUUGGUCAAAAGACAGUAGAUGGCAUACCCUGCAUUUUAAGUUGGUGUAAAUUUACUCCUGUAGCAUGAAAUGCAAACAGCAUUGGUUGGGUAGCUCUCAUGCUAUUGCUUGGGCAGCAUAGAGGCCAACAAAUGCAUUAUGUGCCUUCAGGAUGCUCUGUCCUGAGGUAACUCUGGUCCAUUAUGCGGUAGGAUGCGUGUGAGGGACAGGUGUCAGGCUGUCCAGCCAUUGUGUUUUAGGUCUUCCGGGAAGUCUUUCACCCUGCUUCCAAACAGCAUAGCAACAUUUAAUUUUACUCACCUACUAAUGAACUACUAGGUGAGCUGGAAUUAUUGAAGACUGUAGAUCAGGGGUCGGCAAUGUUCAGCACGCGGCUCGCCAGGGUAAGUACCCUGGCGGGCCGGGC